GCUAAAAAUUCCUCCCGCUCUGACAUUUCCUUGCCCUUUACAUCAAGCGGUCGUCGAAUCCCCACAACCGUUCGGUUUCACCUUUCCUAUCUCGGUCGCUGAUCCCUAGCCAACAAUGGCUCAAAACGAAUGAAGAAAAUUUGGAUGAGCCAUUGGAUGGACUCAGCUCGAGCGCUCUCGUUUUCAACAACCAGGACCGUAUCCUACUCCUUCAGCGGGCUGCACACGAUAGCAUGCCUCAUACCUGGGAGGUCCCCGGCGGCGCUGUCGAUAAAGGUGAUCCAACCAUCCUUCACGCCUGCGCGCGCGAGCUGUGGGAGGAGGCUGGGCUAAAGGUCCGACGUAUCAAUCACGUUAUCCUCGAUGGCGCCAAGGGUAAGCCCGGCGCAACGUUCAUGAACUCAACGGGGAAGAGCCGUUACUGCAAGUUCUCGUUUCAAGUUGAGGUGGACGACACGGGGAUAGUGAAGCUGGACCCCAAUGAGCACCAGGCCUUUCUGUGGGCGACCGAGGAGGAGGUGAAGACCCAGGAGGUUGGCGACCGCAAGAUUCCGCUCGCUAACUCGAUGAUGGAAAACUUAUUGCGUGUAGGAUUUGAGAUGUGGCGAAGAGGCGAAGGAGCAAUAGCUUGCUGUCGAUCUGGAGAAGGCUUAGGAGGCGAUGCACAGGCUGGCAGCAGUGCUGUCAAUAGUCCAGACCUUUAGACUAUUAGUCCAGACUACACUCACAACGCUGUAUCAAUUCAAGUCAAAAGCAAUUAAUACCGCAUUCUAACUGGUGGGAAUAAAAAUGGACCAAUCGGA